GAAUCGAUAACAGCGGAAGCAACAUCUAAAUUAAACGCAACAUUGAAGCUGCCUUCAUUUCCACCAACCAAUGAAACACCGGGUACGUCAUCUGCGCUAGAAGCAUCCACAACAAUAGGGGUGACAUCAAGUCAACGACUGAUCACAUCUUCAGCAACACCAACCAAUGAAACACAGGGUACACCAACAAUAACAGCUGGUCCUCCAUUAAAUAUGCCUUUAACGCCACCCUGGGAAACACCAUCAACAGAACAGACAACUUCAUAUGUACCUUAUACCUCAAACAUUCUUGAAGUUCUCAGUUUGUUGAGAAAUGAAAUCCACAUGCUGGUUGAUAAACCCAAUUCAAGUGCAUCUGACAUUCAAAGGGCGAGCAGUUUAAUGACAUUGUUACAUCAAACGCAAAGUGGAUAUCUAGCAACUUUGAACCAUCCCCCAAUGACACAAUUUGGAAACAUGGCUGCAGUUCCUAAUCAAUACCAACCAAUGUCAUCAUCACAACAGCAACAACAGCAGCAGAGCCCACAAGACCAUCCUCAAAUGACACAAUUUGGUAACAAGCAGGCAUCGUCUUUCAAUUCAUACCAUACAAUGCCACUAACACAACAGCAAGAUACACAGUCAUAUGCAGAAGCAGUGCAAACAACAAGUAACCGAAGUGUUACAAUAGAGAAUGAAUGUGUUUCUCAAGGUUGUGAUAAUAUUCCAAUAGUGCCGCGUAAAAACAACAAUGUUGGCAACACUUCAAGCACAAAACCUGAAUCCAAGCAAGAACAGAAGCAAGGAACCGGCGGAGGUAAACGAAGAGAUCAGCCAGGUGGUUCUGGAGCUUCGGCGGAUCAAAAAAAGCAGAAAAGUGACAAAAAACAAGGGAAAGGGGAAAAAGGGGGGGAAAACAACCAAAACAAGGCUGUCAAACAAAGUCAAAACAAAGAUCAAAAAGCAACCAAGAAUGAAGGAGCAACUAGUGAUGGUGGAAGUGGGGAGAAUAAAAAUGUUUCAAAUCAAUCCAAUCAAACUACCAACAAGAAAUCUGCUGACAAGACCGACAAGCAAGCAACAAGUGGUGAAAGAAACAUUAAAGUUACGAGUGAUGGGAAAUGGGACAAAACUGGGGAGGACAAUUCACAAGAGCGAAUUGGGAGUGACAAAAAAGUGAAUGAAAGUAAGAAGGGUACCUUGGUAAAAGAAAAAGCUGGAAAGAAGAGCUAUACUGAUUCUGUUGGAACCCAUGAUUAUGAUUUAAGAUCCAGAAAUAAUGGUGGCAACGAUAAACAAGAGAGCAAACCAGAUCUUGUGGCAUGUUUCAACUAUUGCCAAGCCACGGAAACACCUUUGGCUACUGAAGAAAAUGAGCAAGUUGUUGAGUUUCGUGUCUUGGUUGAUAAGAAAGACAAAAUACCAGAAGGACGAGAACUUAAUGUUUAUAUUGAUGGGAAGGGUUUUCACCGAAUGCACCCAGACACUUAUAUUAAAACAGG